AUGCAAUCAGAGGUAUUGGGUUCAUCGAAUCCACCGCCUUCAUCGACCACUAGCAAUACAACCAAGACAACUGAACAAUUCUGUGAGGUAUGUGGAUCGACCAACGUGCAAAUUUGCACUGGCUGUCUACUUGUCUACUAUUGUGGUGAAAACCACCAACUCUUGCAUUGGCCAGUACACAAAAACAAGUGUUCUGCUUUGGACAAGCGAACUGAUUUGAUUGGUCGUGCAGAGAGAUCAAAAGAUCUAAGAAACAAGUCUGAAGUUGGAGGAGGAGGAGGAGGAGGAAGUAACUUGAAUCUAUCUAAAUCACAACCUCAACAACAACAACAACAACAGGCAUCAACAGCAAGUGGAGGUGGUGGUGGAACAAAUAGUGUACUUAAAUCAGCGGCAAUUGUCAACAAAUCAUUGGAAAAGGGUAGUAGUAGUAGUAGUAGUUCAUCAACUACCACCCUGGGUGGUAGUACUGGAAUGGGAGUGGGAGUGGUGACUACUACACCAGCUACCAAAGCAGCUAUCAAGGCUCAAUUCAACUCUAAUGCAUACCCACCACCAUCUGCAUCACCGGCUGGUGCAAAUAAUAAUAGUAACUUUAAAGGGUCUCCUGUCAUUAGUAAUAACAACAAUAAGAAGAAUAAUAAUAACAAUACUGGUGGAGAAGGAGGAGGAGGAAGUAUCAAACUAUUACAACAACAAUUACAACAACAAAAUACACCUGGUGCACAACCACCAGUACAAAGAAAACAAAAUGGAUUGAAUAAUAGUACUUCGGCUACAGCCACAGCUACAACACCUCCACCAGUUGGAGGACAACCUUUUGGAGCACUUAAACAAAAACCUCUAUCUCAAUCAACUCCAACUACGCCACUUGUUCCAACCUCUCCAAUUGUCCAGCAACAACAACAACAACAACAACAACAACAACAACAAGAUUUAACCCAAACUAUUCAAGAGUUACCAUUACCUCCACAACCAUCUCCCAUCAUUGUACAAGCAAAUAAUAAUAAUAAUAAUAAUAAUAAUAAUAAUAAUAAUAAUAAUAAUAAUAAUAAUAAUAAUAAUAAUAAUAAUAAUAAUAAUAAUAUAUCAACACCACCAUCAGUAUCCAAUUCAUUUAUUAAAUUUAAUUCCCCUACAUCUACAUCUACAUCAACAUCUACAUCUGAUUCACCAAAUACUAAUAAUAAUAUCAAUAAUAAUACAAAUGAAAAAGAGGAAGGAGUAAAGAGUAUUCAAAGUAAAUUGAAUCAAUUAAAUUUUCAAGUUCCAGUUGCUGGUCAUAUGCCAUCAUCUUAUUAUAGAAGAUCGGUUAUGACAUCGUCACUUGGUAGUGUUAAAACUACUUCUCUCGAUAAUGGUGAGAUACAAUCCAACAAUUCUAUUUCAGCACCAGUCACGCCAUUACAGACAAAUACAGUGACUGUCAUGGAUCAAGGUUACUCUACUACUAUUGAUCCAACUCCAUUAAAUAUAUCAAGUAGUUCUGCGUCAUCUGCAACGUCUACGACAGCUUCUUCACUCAAUACAUCUACAUCAUCCUUUUCAACAACUAUUUCAAACAAUAGUUCCAAUACAAAUUCACCGCAUUUCAAUACGAUCCAACCAAACAAGACAAAUGGCAAUGCAUUGAGAGAUGCAAAGACACACGCUAGAAACAAAUCAAUGCCAGUCGAUAUGUCAAGAGGUGUAACAUUGGCUAAUAACAAUAGUAACGACGAACAAUACGACCAAGAUCAAGAUGAAUCAUCGUCAUCAUCUUCAUCUGGGUCAGAAGACCAAUCCUCGACGUCAUCGAUGCAAUACAAGGAGAAAAAUAGACCAAGAGGAUUUAGGGUAAAGGAUUCAAAUGUAGAGUGGGAGGCUGGUUCUAUAGAGUAUCGUCCCAAGCAGACAGGUGGAGGAAACCAUUUGUUGGGUUCAAGAGGACAGAAUCAACCGGCGACAGCACCAGUGGGAGCAAUCAUUGACAGUGGUGCAGAGCAGACUGAUGACAAGGCGUUAGUGUCGGGUGAGCCUGGAGAUGGAGGAGAUGCGGCGGCAGGUACGUUGCCACAACAACAAUCUGCAGGUUCAAGAUUUGCCGGUAAACUAAGAGACAUUAAAAAAAAGGCGGGUGUUGUAAGCACAUUGACCAAGAACAAGGUGUCAGAGGUAGCAUCCAAAGCAAAGAAAUCAAUUAAUAAUACGAUGGACAAGCAGACAGCCGACAGUCUAUCAACACAACCACCAUCGACACAGCCACCACAACCCACCUCGGAACAACAACAGCAGAGAGCAGCAGCUGGAGGGGCUGGCGAACCAACAACUAUAUUUGGACAACCUUUGGAAGUAGCUAUCAAGAGAUCGGCCAAACUACAUCCACUACUACCAGAUAUUAUCUACAAGGCCAUUGAAUAUAUAAGAGAAAAGGGUAUACAGGAGGAAGGUAUAUUUAGACUAAGUGGUAGUGCAUCGGCCAUCAACGCACUCAAACAAGAGUUUGAUGAAGGUGGUAAUGUCGAUCUUUCACUACAACUCGAUCAACACGUUGUGGCUGGUAUACUAAAACUAUACCUACGUCUCAUUCCCGAGACUGUAUUUACCGAAAACUUUGCCGAUGAAUUAGAGGCAUUGCGUGAAGGUGGAAAUACAAACGAUGCAAUCAAUAUGCGUAUUCGUGGUUGCACAGCCAUUCUCAAACAACUUCCAGAAACCAACCGAUGCAUACUACACCAUCUCUGCUCUCUCCUCAACACCAUUUCAUUUGAACCUGCCACUAAAAUGUCAUCUGUCAAUCUUUCCAUUGUUUUUGCUCCAACCCUCGGUUGUCCUCUCGAAGUCAUGACCGUUUUAAUCGAUUACUAUGAACAUAUUUUCUCUGAACAAACUUAUACUUAUAUGUAA